AUGGUAUGCAAUUCCCCCGGUUCAGCACCGAAUCACUCUAUUUUUUUUUCAAUGAAGAUACUAACAUUGACCCUGCUAGUCUUUAAGAAUAAUCCCUCAAGACGCAAGAGAAUCAUCAGUCUCAACCUCAAAUGCCACCACUGCAUCUAAAAACACGCCAGCAUUAGCAGAAACAUUGCAUACGCAAUCGGGCCCGGUCAAUAUCUCAUCCAGGAUAAACAACCUUCACCCUCUACAAUCUAGAGUCACAGGAUGGGAGCAAACUCAACAAGAAUCAAGAAUGGAGACGUAUAGACGCAUGUUUGGCUCGGGUGUUCCGAUCAAAAGAGCAAUGGAAACGGCCAUUGUUGAGAAUACAGAUUUCAAGCCAGAGUGUUUGGGAGGCAGCUCCAUCAUGCACAAGGACAUACUCUUGGGUAAAGAUCUGAGUUUGGACUGGGAAGACGUUUACCCCAACGGACUAAUGAGUGGGAAUAACAACGGCGUCGAUAUGCAUAGUGAGAUUGAAAAGAGGUUGGGUCUUUAA